UGUCUUUCUCACUUCAACCCCAACUUUCAGAGUCAAAACACGAUAAUCGUAUUCUCUACGAAGACAAAUUCGUUUGCACACAAUUUAAUUUUUAUAAUUAUAACUUAAAUUUAAAACGUUGGAAAAGAUGGCCAAAAAAGGUCUAUUGCCGGUAUUAAUUGUCAUUCUAAUAAAAUGCGCGAUUUGUACGGUGUUCUUAGAAGAAAAAUUUGUUGAUGACGCGUGGAAAAAUUCAUGGGUAUAUAGUAAACAUCCAGGCAAAGAAUUUGGGAAAUUUGUGCUAAGCGCGGGGAGUUUUUACAACGAUCAAGAUGUUGACAGAGGUAUACAGACCUCACAGGAUGCCAAAUUUUACGCAAUUUCACGAAAGUUUUCUCCGUUUUCUAAUGAAAACAAACCAUUAGUAGUUCAAUUUUCGGUCAAGCACGAACAAAAUAUUGAUUGUGGUGGAGGAUACGUAAAACUUUUCGACUGUUCUCUCGAUCAAACCGACAUGCAUGGAGAAUCACCUUAUGAAAUUAUGUUUGGCCCUGACAUAUGCGGCCCCGGAACUAAGAAAGUUCAUGUGAUAUUUAGUUAUAAAGGAAAAAAUCAUUUGAUUAACAAGGAUAUACGCUGUAAGGACGAUAUAUACACUCACUUUUACACACUGAUUGUGAAACCCGACAACACGUAUGAAGUAUUAAUCGACAAUGAGAGUGUUCAAUCUGGAAACUUGGAAGAUGACUGGGAUUUUCUGCCACCCAAAAAAAUUAAGGAUCCCAGCGCAAAGAAACCUGAAGACUGGGACGAUAAGGCAACAAUUCCUGAUCCAGACGAUACAAAACCAGAAGAUUGGGAUAAACCGCAGCAUAUUCCUGAUCCUGAUGCUACUAAACCGGAAGAUUGGGAUGAUGAAAUGGAUGGUGAGUGGGAGCCCCCUAUGGUGGACAAUCCUGAAUAUAAAGGAGAAUGGCAACCAAAACAACUCGAUAACCCGAACUACAAGGGACCUUGGCAGCACCCUGAAAUAGACAAUCCCGAGUAUAGCCCAGAUUCAAAUUUGUACCUUCGAAAGGAAAUUUGUACUAUCGGGUUCGAUUUAUGGCAAGUUAAGUCAGGUACCAUAUUCGAUAAUAUACUUAUUACCGAUGAUAUUGAAAUGGCAACGGAGAUUGCUGCAAAUGUAAAGAAUACUCAAGCUGGGGAACGGAAAAUGAAGGAAAAACUGGAUGAAGAACAAAGAAAAAAGGAUGAGAAUGAACAAAAGUCCUCAGAUUCAGAAGAUGACGAUGAUAAAGAGGAAAUAUCUGAAGACAAUGGAAAUGAUCAUGACGAACUGUAGACAUAGUUUUAAAUUGGAGUAAUUAAAUGAGUUUGAAAUAAUAUUCAUGCAA